AUGUCUCCAUCCAGUCAAUCCUUACAAUCAUAUUAUAAUGAAUUUUUACGUUGUACAAUAUGUUCACAUGAUUUUGAAUAUGAUAAUUAUUUACAUCGUCCAAUAACAUUACCAAUAUGUGGUCAUACAAUGUGUGGACAAUGUAUUGAUAUAAUACGUAAUCAAACAAAAUGUCCACAAGAUCAAGUUUCAUUUGGUAUAAAUAAUACACCAAUUGAUCAAUUGCCAACAAAUUAUCCAUUAUUAUUUAUUAUUUAUGAUACAAUUAAAUUACCUGAUGAUAAUGAACAACGUUAUAGUCAAUGUUUAGCUUAUAUGAAACUUGAUGAUGAAACAAAAUCAUAUUUUAAUCGUACACAAACACUUCUUAUUGAAAUAGCUCUUUUAAUUAAACCAAUAAUUAAUGAUAAAGAAUAUCAAUCAGUUUUAAGUCGUCCAAUGAUUCGUAAAAUAUUUAGUUUAAUAAAUAGUCAAUAUAUUGAUCGUGAAGGUCGUUUAAAAGCUCUUAAAGCAGCACGUAGUCUUGGUGAACGGACCUGUAUUGAUUUUAUUCUUCAUCAUCAAAAUCCUCAACAAUUAACAGCUAAUCUUUGGUCUGCUGUUCGUUCACGUGGUUGUCAAUUUCUUGGACCAGCUAUGCAAGAAGAAGUAUUAAAAUUAAUAUUAUUAGCACUUGAAGAUGGUUCAGCAUUAUCACGUAAAGUUCUUGUUUUAUUUGUUGUACAAAAAUUAGCACCACAAUAUCCACGUGCAAGUAAAACAAGUGUUGGUCAUGUUGUACAAUUACUUUAUCGUGCAUCGUGCUUUAAAGUGCAAAAACGUGAAGAAGAAUCUUCACUGAUGCAACUUAAAUCUGAAUUUCGAAAUUAUGAAAAUCUUCGUCGUGAACAUGAUUCACAAAUAAUUCAAAUUGCUAUGGAAGCUGGUCUCCGUAUAUCACCUGAACAAUGGUCAUCAUUAUUAUAUGGUGAUACACAACAUAAAUCAUCAAUGCAAUCAAUAAUAGAUAAAUUAUCUACACCAGCAUCAUUUUCUCAAGCAAUUCAAGAAUUUUUAAUUGUUUUACAACGUGCUGGUGAUACAUCAAAACAUUUAUCACAUUUAAAAUCUGAUUUUGAAUAUUUAUCACAAAUUGAUAUUGGAUAUAAUGAUCAACAAAUAAUUAUAAAUGAUAAUCAACAAGAUAAUUCUAAUUGGCCAUUAAUUAUACAAAUUUUACAAUCAAUUAAAACAGUUUUACAAUCAUUAAUUGAAUUUAAUAUUCAAGAAUUAAAAACAAAUUUUUUAAAUAAAACUCAUCAUUAUCAUUAUCGUUCAUAUGAUUUAUCAUCAACAACAUUUACAUCAUCAACAUCAUGUUCAUCACCAAUGACUGUUUCACCAUUAGGUGGAAGUAGUACAACAUCAGAAUAUCAUUUACAACCAUUACAUCCAUCAACAUCACAACAAAAUCAAAUUAAAUAUAAGGUAUCAAUGUGUCGUGAUUUUGUUCAAAAACAAUCAUGUCCACGUGGUGUUCAUUGCACAUUUGCACAUUCAAAAGCUGAAAUGGAUAAAUAUCGUGCUAAAAGUCGUCAUUCAAAUGGAUCAAUAUUACCAUUAUCAUCAUCAAAUAGUAAUGCUCCUGUUCCUUCUUCUACUCAUCUACCUCCAACAGGUCCAUUACCAAUAUUUACUUCAACAAAUGGUGCAAAUUUAAUUCGACCUAUGCCUCCAGCAAUAUUACCUUUAUGGAAUCCACAACAACAACAUCAACAACAACAAACUCAACAUAUUAUUCAAGAAAUGCCACAACAACAUCAUCAUCAUCAUUAUUAUCAUCCAUCACAAAUUCCUCCAUCGAUUCUUCAAAUUCAUGGACAUCCAACAACAGCAACAACAUAUGAUAAUCAACAACAAACCAAUAAUAAUAAUAAUCAUAAUAAUAAUUCAAAUCAAAUUCCGGUGAUUGCAGCAGCUGCACAAGCUAUUCUUGAACAAAAUACAGCUGCUGCAGCAUAUGCUGCAAAUGCAUUUUAUCGUUUUCAACAUCAAAAUCCUUCAAUACCAUUUCAUCAUACACAAUCAAUGAUUGCUCAACAACAACAGCAACAACAAUCAUUGUUACCUCGACCUUAUAUUCAAACAACAAAUACAAAUGCUGGACAACAAUCAUCAAAUCAUAUGCAACAACGUACUCAUAGUUUUACAGAAUCACGUUUUUCAUCAAUGUCAGAUCAGCAUAAUAAUCAUCAAUCAACAACUCAUUUUCCUAAUAUUGAAGAUUUACGUUUACCAUCUGUAACAUCACAUAAUGGAAAUAAUUCAACAGAUAAUACAAAUAUAAAUCAACGUAAUUAUCCUGUUUUACAAACAAUUGCAGCUAAAAAUGAUGAUAAUCUAUUAUUUUUUCCAACAAUAAAUAAUAGUACAAAUAGUUUAAAUCGUCAACAACAAACAUUUUUAACUGGUACAAAUAAUAAUGGUUUAUUUAAUGAUAUUCUAUUGAAUAAUAAUACUAAUAAUCCUAUUUCAACAUUAUCAACAAAUACAUUGAUUAAUAAUCGACAACCAUCGUAUAAAUCAUUGUCAACAAUAGGAUUUCCUCCACAACCACAACAACAAAUACGUAAUGAUGAGAAUGUAUUUCAUAAUAAUCAUCAAUAUGCUAGUAGUUUCGAUGAUGAUGAUUAUACAUUAACAAAUGUAUCGAAUAAUGCUGGUAAUAGUGGUGUUGGUGGUUCAAAUUCAAAUGAUAGUAGUUUGUUCUAUUUUGGUUCGACCAAUCCACAUACAACGACUGCUUAUAACUUCUAUCAUCCAAACUCGCCAUUAGGCGGUAAUGGUCAUUCACUUAAAGCGUAA